AUGGUUCGCGCCGAGAUCGAGACGGGAGCUCCUUUCCGGUCUGUUAAAGAAGCCGUCACUCUCUUUGGCGAGAGAAUUCUUCUCGGAGAUAAUUACAUUCACAAAUCCGCCGCAGAGAGAAACAAUGGAGAUAACGGAGUAAAUAAUGUGGUUGUGAGAAGCAAAAGCAUAGAAGAUGAGCUGGAUGAAGCAAAGGAGAGUUUGAAGAAAGCUGAAGAAGAGAACAAGGUUUUGUCUCAGCUUCUCGAAACCCUCACACAAGAGCUUGAAACCACCAAGGAGAAGCUUAAGCACUCGGUAAGAAAAUUCUCAGAACACCCUCAAGUCGAAGACGACCUCAAAUUCAUUGAGCAGUCCACGGUUAUUGAACCGGAUAUCAUAACCGAGAUCAAGAUGAACCGGUUUGAUGAUCAAGAUAAAGUGUAUAUUGGAGAUGAGGAUCGUCUGGAGAGGAGGCGUUCCGUGAAGUUUGCCAAUCCACCAUUGCUAACGAAGGUCAUGGAGAGCAAAGAGGAGAAGAAGAACCAGGCUAUGGUGAAGAAGCAGACGAAGAAGAUGAAGCCACUGGUUCCAUUGGCUUCUUGGCUCUUUGCAAGAAACCGGUCAAGUUAA